AUGAAAAACGCUAUGAGUCGUUAUGAUAUGAACUGUUCAUAUAAUUAUAAUGAACACAAGAGCAAUAAUAAGAGUGGGAAAAAUAAUAUAACAACAGGAGAUAUGAAUAAUUACAAGGCUUAUGAUAGUGGAGGGGGAUAUAACAAUAGUUCGGCUUAUAUCCAUGGAAGUAUGAUAAAUAAUAAUAACUAUCAUUACUCAUAUAAUUUAAAACAUAAUAAAAAUUCUUAUAUCUAUGAUUAUAAUUCUUAUUCCUCAAGGAAAAUUCACGAAUAUAAAGACAAACAUAAAGGACAGACAAAUGGAAUUAACAGCAAAAGUGUUAAUAAUAAUGAUAUCAAUAAUAGUGGCACUAAUGAAGCUACUCAAAAAUUAAAUGACGGUAUAUCUAAAACAAUUAAAGAAAUUGGUAAUAGCGUACAAAAGGAGGAUAAGAAGAAAGAUGGAACAAUUUCAAAUAAAGACGAGAAUAAAAAUGUAUCAUCAGGAAUAAUACCUGAUAAUAUAAGUAUGAAUAAUUUAGAAAAUAAAAAGAAAGAUGAAAAUAUAAGUGAAGAGAUGAGUUUACUUCGAGAAAAAAUAUGUUUUAAAAUGCUUAAAAGUAUAGAUACAUAUAUAACUGAAAUAAUUAUGAAAUCCUGUUUUGUAACAGUAUAUAAAAUGAAUGAAAAUGAAUUAAAAUGGAAAAGAGCAGAUAUAGAAGGUUUUCUUUAUAUUGUAAAAAGGUCUUUAAAACCUUUUUAUAGAUUAAUUAUAACAAAUAAAAAAAAUGAAAAUCAUUUAUUAGAAGAUAUUAAUAGUAAUAUGAAUUUAUCAACAGAUCAAAAUUAUAUUUUUUAUAAAAUUUUAAAUGAAGAAAAUAAAUCAAAAAGUAUAUAUAGUUUAUGGUUUUAUAGUACAGAAGAAAAAGAAAAAAUAUAUUCUGUUUUAAAAAAUAUAGUUGGUAAUAUAUCUAAAGAGCAAAAAGGAAAAAAAAAUAAACAAUCAUAUACUAAUUCAGAACAAUAUAUUUCGACUACUAAUGAGGAUAAUGCAAUGACGAGUGUUUCAAGAAAUAAUAUUGCUAAUUAUAAUAAAAGUGUUAAUUUUAUUUUAUCAAAAGGUGAUAAUAAUACAAUUACUAAUGCAGAAAAUGGAUCAGAAGGAAAUGAGCCACGUACUAAUGAUAAUGACAUAUUGCUUGCUCCUAACUCUGAAAUACCGAGUAUAGAUAACUUAAAAAAUAUAAAUAAUUGGUAUGAUGAUAAUAGUAUAAAUAAAGAAACAAUGAAAAGUAUAGAACAUCAAUUUCAUUCAAUAGGUAGUGUAAAUUUAUUAGAUGAUCAAAUAACAAACAUAAAUGCGAGCAAUACUGAAAUGGAUGGUAAUAAUAGUAAAAGUUAUGGGCUUGUUAAAAAAGAAUCUAUACAUAAAAAUAAUGAAAUAAAUAAAAAAAAUAAAAAUGUAGGAUCUUAUACACAUGAUAAUAAUAGUAUAAAUGGAAAUGAACAUUUUAUGGAUAUGCUAAUUCGACCAAUGAAAAAUCAAAAUAUGGAUUAUGGGCACCCUCUUGAUGUUAGUAAUAAUGAAAGUAGUGAUAGUAUCUUAAGUACUGAUAAAAGUAAAAUAUGUGAAAAUUAUAAUAAUGUAAAAAUGACAUCACAUCAAAAUAUGCAAGAAUAUAAUGAUAAAGCAGGUCGUAAAUUAUUAUAUCUUAUUAAAGGUCUUUCAAAUGAAGAGAAAAAAGAUGAGGUGGAAAAAAAAUACUCUCACGAUAUACAUUAUGAUAAACAAAUUGUAGGAAAUCAUAAUGGGGUAUCUAAAAUGAAAAAUAGUUUAUCUGAUGAUAAAACAAAUUUAUUUCCAAAAGAAAUUACUGGAAAAACAGGUGGAGAAGCUAUUAUGAAUUUGUUAGGAUUAAAUAAAAAUAAUGAUCAAAAAGAAGAGAGAGAUGAUAUAUCGAUGUUAGACAUGGGUAGAAAUAUCAGGAUGGUUGAUAAUGAACUUGUGAGAAUUGGAGAGAAGGAUAAUAAUAAUAACAUUGAUGAAGAUGAUAAUGAUGAAAUAAAAAGUGUAAGAGAUAGAAAAAAAAUGAGUAAAAAUGGAAAAAAUAGUAAUAGCAAUAAUAGUGCAAGUAUAUGUCACUUUAAUGAAAAUGAAAUACAUGAAAGAGAUAUUUUAAUAAAUAAUAUGAUGAAAAAUGGGAAUUUAAAUAAUUCUUAUAAUAAUAUUAAUAUGAAAAAAUUAAGUUAUCAAAAAAAAGAAUCACUAGAAAUGCAUGAACAAAAUAAAGAGUACAUGCUAAAUAAUGACCAUCCUUACAAUAAUAAUAAUAAUAAGAACAUGUAUGCUUAUUAUAAAAAUAUGUAUAACGAUAAUGAAUGUAAUAAUAAAAAAUUAGACAAUAAUGAAUCGAUUGAAAAUAAUUAUUAUAAUAAAGAUAUAAAUAUAUUAUGUAAUAAUAAUCAAGAUGAAAAAGCUAUGACAGAUGCAUUGUUAGAUAUUAUGAAAUUGGCAUCAAAUAAAGCUAUUAAUGAUCAACAAAAAUCGAAUUUUAAAAAUAAUGAAUCACAUAAUGUAAAUAAUACAAAUAAACCUAUACAUAAUAAUUAUAUAAAUUCCUAUGAUGUUUUGUUAAAAAUGCAAAACUCAAUAGAAAAUGAAGAGAAUAUGGCAAAUUCGAUUGGAAACCGAAUACCAAAUACUAAUUCAUAUGCAUAUAACAACAAUUUAAUGAACAAGCAUGAAAAUAAACAAUAUAAUAGUAAACAUGAAAAUUAUGGUGACCAUAAUAAUAUAGAAAAUUUUAAAAAUAAAAAUAUAAUUUUAAACAAAAAUACUGUAUAUAAUGUAAUUAAAGAAACAUUACAAUCUGAAGAAUUUAUGAGCCUUAUAUGGAAAAAUUUAUUGAAAAACGCUAAAUUUCAAUAA